CAGAGGGAACUAUCUUGACGCGCAGUGCUCUUUGGCGCAGUCACCUCCCGGCCUGCCGACGUGGCGGGGCGGAAGAGGAGCCCCGGUGGGAGCUGGCACCAAACGGAUCACCAUGUCCCAGGCUGACCCUGCUGACUCAGACACCUCCCCCCCACCUUCCCAACCCCUCCACACCGAACCCGAUUCCUUCUCCGAGGACGUCCUGUCAGCCCCCCUCCCGCCCCCCUUGAUCCCCGAGGGAGCCCACCACCCAGCGCCCACAGAGGAGACGAUCGGAGACAAUGCUGCGAAGGGCGAUGCAUCACAAUUUGCGGCGGACCAACCAGAGCGAGGCGCCGAAGGAGAGGUGGCAGAGUGUGACCAAGCAGUGAGCCUGGAGCCGGACACCGCAGCUGCAGAGGAGGAAAUGGAGAAGGAGAAGGAGAAAAGCUGGGGAGGGUGGGGUUCAUGGGGAAAGUCUCUUCUGACCAGUGCCACCACCACUGUGGGUCAGGGCCUGAGCUCAGUCAAGGUGAAGGCAGGGGAGGCUCUGCGUCUCCACAGGACAUCAGUUGGUGAGGAGGCGCAGGAAGAGGAGGAGGGAGUGGAGGAGAAGAUGGAUGGAGGAGGAAGAGGAGGAGAAGCCAGCCUGUCUGACCCCAGUCAGUCUCCCACCAGCAAAGGAGUCUUCUCCACCAUCACACACGCCGUGCAGAACACUGGCAAGUCAGUGAUCAGUGGGGGUUUGGAUGCCUUGGAGUUCAUUGGAAAGAAAACCAUGACUGUUCUUGCUGAGAGUGACCCGGGCUUCAGGAAGACCAAGACCCUGAUGCAGAAAACUGCAUCCCUGAGCCAGAUGCUGAAGGAAGCCAAGGAGAAGGAGCGAGCACGUCUCAGCAACCAGCCAGUCAGCGAGCCCACAGCUCACUAUGGGAUUCUGUUUGACGACUACCAGGGCCUGUCACACCUGGAGGCCCUGGAGAUACUGUCCAAUGAGAGCGAGGCCAAGGUGCAAGCAUUCCUCUCCUCUCUGGCAGAGGAGGAGCAGGAGGAGGUGAAGAAGGAGCUGAUCACCAUCAAGGAAAUUUUCAUCAGGCGAGAGGAAGAGGAGGAGGAGGAGGAGGAGGGAGAGGAAGAAGGGAAAGAAAAAAGGAAGGAGGGAGAGGCGAAGGAUAACGGUGAUCUAAGUUCCCAAUUACAGUGUUCUACCCCCCUGUCUGCUGAUGGGGAGGAGUUUGUGAGUAUUCUCACUGAGCUGCUGUUUGAGCUUCACGUUGCCGCCACGCCAGACAAACUCAACAAGGCUCGCAUGAGGGCUCAUGAUUGGGUGAGCGAGGUGGAACAGCCUGUCACUACGGAGACAGUUGGCAGGGAAACGGAGGACCAGCCAGGAGUGGAGGCCUCACCUGGAGAGAAGGAAGAGGAGGAAGAGGAGAAAACAGAGAAGCCAGAGGGGGACGAGGUGAGAGGAGAGAAGGAAGAAAAGAAGGAGAAAGAGAGCGACCCGAGAUCGGUUGAGGCUGUCUACCUGUCAUCAGUAGGUAGUCUGGCAGAAGUGACAGCCCGCAGUAUCGAACAGCUCCACAAGGUGGCAGAGCUCAUCCUUCAUGGUCAGGAGCUGGAGAAACCAGCCAAAGACCAGGCACACAUCCUCACCAGGUUGACAAGUGCCAUGUGUAAAGAGGUGGGCAGUUUGGCCAAGAAAUUUUCCGAUACGCUGCUUAUUGUCGGGGGCCAAAGGAAAGCAGAGGAGUUAAAUCCAUUGGUAGACAGUGUGCUGCUUGAGGGCUCCAACAGCACCAACUACAUCCAGAAUGCAUUUCAGCUGCUGCUGCCCGUCCUGCAGAUCUCACAUAUCCAGAGCCAGCACUGCAGAGCUGCCACAGAGCCACCCACCCAGACACAGCACUAACACACACACACACACACACACACACACACACAGCUACCUGCUAGCACACCCGCUUGUCUUAAUGUUGUCAACUAUUGUUGCACAGUCAGGUAUAUAAAAUAGAUUAUACCAGAUUAAGUGCUUCUAUCUACAGUAAGUGCCAUUGCUACAGACCAAGAAGAUGCAGGUACAUAUUCUAUAAUAUAAGAAUGGCCCACAGGCCUAUUAAGUUUUAUUUGCCAGUGAAUUUAUGACAUUACUAUUGCUCCUAUUGUCUCUGAAUGUUUUUUUGUUGCUGUUUUGCAGCUAAUAUUUUGCUAUGAGGAACCCAAAAGAGUUUGGUCUGUUUAAAAAAAAAACAAAAACAAGAUGUCACUCUGAACCAAAAUGGAAGUAGUGAUGUUUUCCUCUGUGUGGAAGGGUUUUUCUAAUCUGUAUUGGGUUUUUCUUUGCACUCCUAUAGUGUCAUAGAUUGUCCCUGGUUUAUUCUGGACUAGAACAUUAACUAACACUAAGGAAAUUUUCUCCUUGCAGAAAUAGAUGUGUUUUUUGGUCAGAAUGCCAGUAUUGGUGAUUAUACCAGAAUUUUUGCUUGUUUUUGUUUUUGUAUGUUAAUUUAUAUGAAGCAACACUACCUUUUAUUCCUCUGCCAAUUUCAGAGAAAAGGUUAAUCAUCAUACUCCAUGUCUUAUUAUACUAAGAGGGCAUUUGCUUCUCUGCUCUUGUUGAGAAUGCAAUGCAGGUGAAUUACUCUCUAAUUCUGUUUUGCUAUGCUGCUACUCUUAAAAA